AUGCGCGCGGACGAGGGGAGUGCCCGGCGUGCGGCCGUGCCUGCGCAUGCGGCGGAGCUCGGGGAUGAGACCUCGCCGCCGCACUGGCAAGGCGACGGCGCGCCGACACCGGAUGAGCUCCCUGCGCCGCUGUUUCAGCUGGGGCGCGUGCAGUACGCGCUGCCCGCGUCGCUCGUCCAGCUUGCCGUAGCGUCGAACCGCAUGGUGCUGUGCCUGCACGGCGGCCAUGCGCACGACGCGAGCGCGCCGCUCCUGCGUCUCGUGUGCCUUGAUCUGGAUGAUCCGGCGCGUGCGUGCGAGGCGACCGUGCCGAUGCCGCCCGUCGCACGCACGCAUCGCGGCGUGAGCGCCGAGGGGUGCUGCAUGUUUGUCGAUCCCAGUGCGGAGCACGUUUUACUGAGCCUUGCGAGUGGCCACAACUUUUACUGGACGCCGUCGUGGAGCCGCGCGCGGCUGUUGCCGCGGCUCGCGGGACUCUGCAUCACGUCGGCGGCAUGGGGCAAGAGCGACGCAGCGCCGAGCCUCGGCACGCCGCCGGCCGGCCGCCGCUGGGUGUGCACGCCGCCAGUGUUGCUCGGCACUGCGCGCGGCGAGGUGUGGGAGCUGACGUGCGCGGUCCAGGUCGCGGCGCCCAACGCGCCCGCACAGCGCGGCGACUUUUUCGACCGUCUCGCCCGCAAAACCGCGGGCGGCACUGCGGACUACACCGGCGCGGUCGAGCGCGGCGUGCACCGCGUGUUUGUGCUGAGCGAGCCGCAGCGCAUCGCAGGCCUCGCGCUGCAGACCGUGCAAAGAGGCGCGCGCGAAGCCUACAUCGUCGCCGCGACGCCGACGCGUCUUUACGAGUUCAGCGGCACGCUCGGCACGCCGGCCGACGACGCGAGCGUCUACGAUGCAGUGUUCCAGCCGUACCGCGAUACACUCCUGACGCACCUCAAGAUCGAGCUCCCGAGCGAGCUGACGCACACGUCGCUGUUGUGCACCGCGCCGCCGAUGCUCGCGGGCGCCCGGCGUGCGCUCGCGUGGCUCACCGGCGCCGGUCUCUUUCACGCGGAGCUGAACCUGGCGAGCGCGCCCCCCAACUCGUUCCUGGAAAAGACGGGGCUGCUGGCCUAUCCGUCGUACGGCACGCCGCUGUUUAUCGCACGCACCGCCUUUCAUUACGUGCUGGUAUACGCCGAGCGCGUCGUGUGUGUCCAUGUCAUGGACGAGCACGUCGCGUGGGAUGAGGCGCUGCCGCUCGGCGCGCGCGAGAGCGUCGUCGGCGUCACGAUGGACGAGACGCAGGAUACCUGCUGGAUCUAUACCCAGUCCAACAUUCUCGAGCUGAUUGUCAGCGCCGAGGACCGCGACGUGUGGCACAUUCUGCUCGAGCGCCACGCGUACGACGAUGCGCUGCAGUACGCGCCGAACGCGGCGUGCGCGUCGCUCGUGUACGCCGCGCGAGGCGAUGCCAUGAUGCAGCAGGGCUCGUAUAGCGACGCGGCCGACGCCUACGCCCACACGGCCGACCGCACCUUUGAGCAGGUCGUCCUUGGGCUCGUCGAGCACGGCGCACACGAGGGGCUGCGCGCGUAUGUCUCAGCGCGCCUCGAGCAGCUGCCGCCGACGGCCAAGACGCAGCGCCUGAUGCUCGCGACGUGGCUCGUGGAAAUGUACCUCGGCGCGAUGAACCGCCUCGAGGACCAGGUUGCGUCGCACGGCGACAGUGCGUCGCUCACCGCGCAGCAGCACGCGCUCGAAAGCGCGCUCCGCACCUUCUUUGCCACGUACCAGCCCGCACUCGACCCCAAGACCACCUACGCGAUCCUCGCACGGCACGGGCGCGACGAUAUGUGGCUCGCAUACGCCGAGGCGAUCCGCGAUACGCGCCAGAUCCUCACGCGCUGGGUGCGACAGGAGCAGUGGGCGACGGCGCUCACGACACUCGCGUCGCAGUCCGACGUCGAGCUCUACUACCACUUUGCGCCGAUCCUCAUGAGCCAUGCCCCGGCCGAGACGGUGCAGUGCUGGGAGCGCCAGGCGGCGCUCGAUCCCGCGCGCCUCAUUCCGGCCUUGCUCCAGCACCGCCCAGCACCGGGCGCAGUCAACUACAGCGUGCAGUACCUGCAGCACGUCACGACGCACGGCAACACGACGCCGGCAGUACACAACCUGCUCAUUACGCUCCUCGCCGAACGCGCCGCCAACGACAAGGCCGACGAGGCGAGCCGCGCACGCGCCAACGACGCGCUGCAGCAGGCGAUCGAAGGCAGCAAGGCCGCAGGGCGCGCAUACUACGACAUGAACUAUGCACUGCGCAUCUGCGCGCGCAAGCGCCUCCACGACGCGUGUGUGCGCCUCUAUGCGCGCAUGGAUCGCCACGAAAACGCAGUGCACCUCGCGCUCGAGGCGGGCGACAUGGAGCUCGCGUGCCGCUGCGCGGAGCUCGCGACGGACCACGCGCUGCGCAAGGAGCUCUGGCUGAAGUGCGCGCAGCACGUUAUCCGCCAGGAGCACGGCAUCCAGAGCGCGAUGGAGUUUCUGCAGCGCACGUCGCUGCUCACGCUCGAGGAUAUCCUGCCGCUCUUCCCCGACUUUGUCGUCAUCGACGGCUUUAAGGAAGAGAUCUGCGACACGCUCGAGACGUACGUCACCCAGAUCGACGCGCUCAAGAGCGAGAUGGACCGCACGACACGCACCGCCGAGCUGAUCCAGCAGGAUAUCCAGUCGCUCUCCACCCGCUUCCUGCACAUGGACGCGGACCAGGCGUGCGAGGACUGCGGCGCGCCGCUCCUCCAGCGGCAAAUGUACCUCUUCCCGUGCCGCCACGGGUUCCACGCCGACUGCCUCACGAAAGAGGUCACGCAGCACCUGCCGCCCCGCCUCCUGCGCCGCCUGCUCCAGCUCCAAGAGGAGCUCGCGGCGCUCACGCAGGGGCCCAAGGAGCCGGAGGCCGCCGACACCUCGCAGUCGCCCGCGUUUGCGAGCCUCGGCGCGAGCGUCGCGCAGGGCCUCAGCGGCACACUCAAGCUCGACCGCCUGCGCGAACACGUGCGGCCACAGGUCAUCGUCGAUGCGAUCAGCACCGGCUUCAGCGUAGGCGUCGCGAGCGGGCGCCGCGUCCUGGCGCCCCUCGAUCCGUUUGCGGAGCCUGUGGUCCGUGCACGGAGCGCGGACGAGGACGCCAAGGCCGAGGCCGCCGCGCCGACCGCCGACGUACACUCGCUGCAGAUGCUGGCAAACGUCGACGCAGUGCGCAGCGAGAUGAAUACGAUCGUUGCGGGCGCGUGCCCGGUGUGCACGCUCUCGGUGCAGCACCUCGCCCUGCCGUUUGUCGAGCCCGAGGCGGACCCCGCCGAGGAGGAGAGCUGGGCUGUAUAA